AUGAAUAAGCUUGCGGUUGUCAUAUCUGUUCUCUUUGCUGUUGUUUGUGUCGUCGAAGCAAGACGAUGCCGAUAUGCCUUCACUUAUGCAAUAUGUGAGAAGCAAUGUUGUGGCAAAGAAGACGAUAUGUUAUGUUUGACAAGCUGUGAAAACAUUACGUGUUCAAGUAACGAGGACUGCGGGAAAAGUUGCUGUAAGAAUGGAAAAUGUGGGCAUCCGAAUUCCUCGGAUUGUGGCGAAACGCUUUCGACAAUCAUUGCUGUUGUUGUUUCCGUUGGUAUUGUAGUUGCUAUCAUACUAGGAACAGUUUUUCUGGUCAGAUACUGCCGUCGCAGAAGACCCGCUCCAGGAAUGGUCAUCUUGGUGAAUCAAUAA